AUGGAUCUAUUGAGUUUGUGUUUUGAUUCUAAUCCAUUUGAGUUGGAGAGUCAAUUUUUCGAAGUGCUGGAGACUCCAUCCUUAAGGGGACAUUCUGAUGAAGAGGUUAUUUUGGCGUCAAGUAAGCCCAAGAAACGUGCCGGCAGAAAGAAGUACAAGGAAACGCGCCACCCGGUAUAUCGGGGUGUUAGGCGUAGGAAUUUGAAUAAAUGGGUAUCCGAGUUACGUGAACCGAGAAAUCAGAAACGGAUAUGGCUAGGAACUCAUCCUACCGCAGAAAUGGCGGCGCGUGCUUAUGAUGUUGCUGCAUUGGCUUUUAGGGGUCAGUCAGCAUGCCUAAAUUUUGCUGACUCAGUUUGGCGCUUACCAGUACCGGUGUCCAAUGAUGUCAAGGAUAUUCAGAAGGCAGCGUUAGAGGCGUCAGAAGGGUUUAGGCCACCGGAGGAGGGUGAGGCCAUUUUACAAGAAGAUAUGAUGGACGCUAGUGAGGUUUCGGGUGGCAAAUUUACGUCGUUAGACACUAAGAACACAAUAUCAAAUUUGACAACAUUGGACACAACAAAAACAUUAUCAGAUUGUGAUGUUUUUUACAUGAAUGACGUUUCAGUGACAAAUAUGGAAGGAGUUUUGUUGUCACCACCACCUUGUUUAGACCACAGUUUCAGCUGGGAUGAUUUGGAAAGUGAAGCUGAGAUGGUGCUUUGGAGUUAUUCUAUUUGA